AUGGCCAAGAUUAAAAACCCAAGCCACAGACAAGUUACCUUCUCAAAACGUCGUUUAGGCCUGUUUAAAAAAGCUAGUGAAAUAUGCACUCUUUGUGGUGUAGAAGCCAUUAUAAUUGUCUUCUCCCCUGGCCAAAAAAUCUUCUCUUUCGGACACCCUGAUGUCGAAUCUAUAGUCAAUCGAUUCCUUAGUCGUACCAAAGAUGAAGGUGGUGUUGGUGGUCAACAAAGCUCUACUAUGCGUGAACUCAACAUGCAACUAACCAAAAUACUUGAUCUCCUAGAGGCUGAAAAGGUUAGGGGAGAAGUGUUUAACAACUUAAAGAGAAACCCUAGCCAAUGGUGGUGGGAGGCGCCUAUCGAUACCCUUGGCUUGCAAGAACUCGAAAUUUUGAGUGCUUCAAUGGAGGAUCUUAAGAAAAAUAUAGCUAAUCAAGCUAUUUUUCUAGAGAAAAAAACUUCUUCUGCAUCAAUUAUGGAUAAUGGUAACAAUGAUGUUCGAGUUUCGGAUCAUCAACAUUUUGAUCUUAAAUCUAUUGAGGCCAAAAUUGAAGGGUUUUCUAAUCAUGAUCAUCAAUUUGGAAAUUUUCAUUCACAAAAGUUCUUCUAA